CAAUAUCUUACAUGAAAGUGUUGCAGCCAGCCAAAUUGAAAGCAGCUUUAGCGGCCAUUGGCAGUUUAGUGUAUUAAUGCUGCUGGACUGCCUCCUAUUCUGAUACGUACACGCGCGUGCAAUGUUUCAGUGUGCUGUGGGAAGAUCUGAGGACACACCCCUAACAAGCUGUUCUCCCUAUGUAAGAGAUAAGUGUAAUAUUUAAAAAAAAACACCUGACUGCUUUUGUAACACAGUAGCUGUAUGAGCAACACCCUCAGCCGGCCGUUUGACAUUGGCUGAUAUUGGACUCAUUCUCCAAAGGCUGGUUAAAGGUCACAUUUUCACGUUGAACUGCUCACUUAUUGUGUUAGUAUGUUAUUUCCUGCUACAGUGGGGCCGCAUUUAACAUUGUGCUUGUACUUAGCUCUCUGUCAAAGCGGUGCCAACUCCUCCGGCUUUGCAACCAUGAUAAGACCAACCCUGUCGGAGCUCUUGCAGCGGGGUGGUAAUGGUUAACCAGAUAAUUUCAAAUUUGGGUGUGAGCAGCCCUUCUCCCGCCUUUCGACGAGCGCCCGUUCAUUCAUAGCAGGACUUCACAGCAUGGAGGGCACCUCGCAGCAAGACACUGACUGGAAAGGCCAGAAUGAAGAAGAGCAAGGUGGGAUCCGACGCCGCCUGAGGGACAGGGAACUUCUCAAGAGGAGAAAAGCCGAAGCAGAGGAGAAGGAAACUUCACAGUGGGUUUUGGGGCUGGAGAGCCCGAGGAAAAGGCAGAGAGCUGAAGGCACCAAAAGGAGGGGGAGGGCCAGGAAGAUCGCUGAUACUCCGCUGAGCUCUUUCACACAGGAAGAUCCUGCUAUGGUGGUGCUCCCGGAACCAGAGGAGGCGAUACCAGCUCCGGCAUCGGACCUUCUGGAAGCAGAAUCUUUCCUUUCUGAGACGCCGUGGGUGCGCAGCACUACUACUCCGGGUCUCGGUCUAUCGCUUGUGUCAACUCCAGAUGUUCUCACUGCAGUUCCUGCAGUUCCUAGCCAAGAUCAAUCCACCGCUCCAGCUCCAGAUCUCACUCCCAAACCAGUUUCAGAUCCAGCUCCAGAUAUAGCCCCUGAGCCAGUGUCAGAUUUUGCUCCCGAACCAACUCCGGAUCUAGCUCCUGAACCAACUUCAGCUCCAGAUCCAGCCCCUGAACCAGCGUCAGAUUUUAAACCAACUGAACCAACUCCGGCUCUAGCUCCUGAACCAACUUCAGGUUCAGAUGCAGUCCCUGAACCAGCGUCAGAUUCAGCUCUGGAUGCUCUUCUAGUCUUCGCUCAAUCCCAAGCUCCUGUUUUGGAACCAGCCAGCGUCUCCUCCGUUAUCCCUCCGCAGGUGGAGACCCUCAUGUCCUCACAGUCACAAGCCAAAGAGACCCUUGACCAGGUGAUCAUUGAAGACUUGGGACCAGAUGACAAAGAGGAGCAGGUUCAAGUUCAAUCCCGGAAUCAGGAUAAAAGAGCCGAUCAAGAAACCAGUGAGGCGCUAUCCAUUAAUGAGCCCCCAAAAAACGAAACAUGCACAGUUCCGUCCUUGUCCUCACUGACAUCUACUCAAGGAUACUUCCAGGGAAACUGACUCUUUGAUUCUCUAAAGGCUCCGUUCACACAUGUGGUUUGGUAAUUUGGAAUAAAAGACACUUGGUGUUCA